UGUAGGUUUUGUUUAGGUUUUUGAUAAAAACUGAGGCAUAUGUUACGAAAAUGAACGAAACACAAUUCAAUACUUUUCUAAACGCCCUUAGCGUACCUCAAGACAGCAAAUCCAUAUACAAGUUGCUGGUCAAUAUCAGGAAAGAACUAGAUUGGCCACAACACAGACAGAACAUAUUAAAAAUAAGGUCCGAAGGCUGCCUGGGUCAAUUGGUCUCUAUAUUGCAGAUGCCACAAAGAUAUAUUAUGGACGUAUGUCUCAGCAUUUUAGGGAACUGCAUGAUGGAUAAAGGCUGUGCGAGGGACUUGGUGGGUAUACACAAUAUAAUAUCCUCACUAAACCACAUAUUAAAACACCAUCAAAAAUCUGAUAGCAUCAAUGGUAGAAUAUUCAGAAUAAUAGGCAAUAUGUGCCAACAUAAGAAAGAUCAGUGGGCAACUUUGGUAAUUGACAAUAAACCAUAUAUUGUCACACAUAUUGUUGAAUUAUUGAAAAAAAGUGCAGCUUACGAGAUACCACCAGAUGAAAAGUAUUCAGAGGCCACUCUUUCAAUGGCCAUCAGAACUUUAAGAAUGCUACUAAACUGCCGCACCGUUAUACCACUGGUCAAGGAUUUUGGUGUUCUGAAAGCGGUUGGAUCUUUAUUUAUCAAAGUGAGCACAGAGUGGCAAGAACAUCAGACCAACCAGAAUCUUCUCCAUCACAUUAUACGAUUGUUAUACGAUUACUCUCGCUAUAAGUACUACAAUUCAAUUUUGGAAAUGACGAAUACAGAACGUGGAAACGCACUGCUUCAUCUAAACAAUGUAUUGUUUCUGUCUCCGAAGAAGAUUGUCAAGAUUAUCAUGAAUUUUAUAAAAAUCAGUCAGUUGCAUUCAGAGCUGCCUGUCACAGAAAUAUGUGAUAACCUCGUUGAUUUCAUACUUCACAGAUAUCUUAAUCCUGAGGGUGUAGACACAAGCAACAGUAGUAGCACGAGUACCGAUUACCUAGAAUGCGUUCAAUGCCUUUGCCUCUUACUGGAACACCCAGCAAACAAAACCCUGGACAGAUGUGGAAAAUGUGUGCCAGUUCUGAUUAGAGUGCUGGACAGUUGGUCAGAGCUGGAUGCCACUCAGCUAAAAUGCUGUAUUCUGUUGGUCACCACGUUGAGUCAAUGCCAGUAUGAUGAUGGCAUCAUACGGGAACAGCUGAAACAUCAUGUGAUUAGAGUGCUAUUGAAAAAACUGCAGUGGAUAUAUGGCACUUCAAACACACUCAAGGAGAACCAUGAUGAGGUCAAGAUAAGAAAUCCUGUGAACAAGAAGCGGGCUGGUCGACACGCACAACAAAAUACUACGAAAAGAAAAAAAGCGUUGGGAAGUGAACCAAGCGCAGGAAGCUCAAAAACUAGCUCGCCAUCAACCAGUUCUUCCGGAUUGCUGGAAGAGGGCUGUUUGCGUCCUACGCUGCGCAAACAAUAUUCUACGUCCCCGUCGAGUAGCGAUGACGAGUACUGUCCAGCUCGGUACGAUCGGUCUCCAAGUCCUUGUUCCAGCAUUGGUUCUGACUUGGCCACCUUCCAGGCCUUGUCUCCUCGACGAUGCUCCUUAUCGCCCACACAUGACGACGAAGAUGAGGAGUCGGAUUCCGAUGACUAUUCUCCGGUUUGUAGUGAUGCAGAGGACGAUAAGAAAUCCUCAAGCGAAAACGAGGAAGACGAUUCGAACGAAAAUCAGAAGACAGCAGAAUUGUUGGACGAUAUCGAGUGCGACAAUGAAGAGGACUCGGAAGAAAAACAGAGUCAAGCUCUACCAGAAGAACCCAAUAUAGUCCACUUGAAAUCGCUCCUGGUUACCGAAAUAGCAAUUCUGAUCAGUUGCAUCAUCAGAGUGGACCCUAAAAUACCCGAAUUAGGAACGGAAGAGAUGCUGGUUGCACUUCUGAAGUGUUCCACGUACUUCAAGCCCACUGUAUCAACAAAAAUCAACACGGUUGAUAUUGUUUUGCGUAUCCUUGAUUCCGCAAAGUACCUUAUUCCUUUGAUGAAAACCAAAUUCAUCGAAACAAUUUAUGAUCUAACCAAAGUUCAACACAAUCAAUUCUGCAACAAAUGCGACAACUAUAAAUUCGUGGGAAAGCUGAUUCUCAGGCAGAUGACGACGUUGGCGGAGUCUGGAGUGGGGAAAGGAGAAAUAGCAUACACCCUUCUUAGAGGAGGAGAACAGGUUAAACAGCAGCUGCUCUUGGUUAUACCCUACAUACACAGGGACAAAUCUUUGUUGGUGAAGUACAUGCAUUUCUGCGACGGUCUGCACGUACUCAUAAAGUUGUCCAAGAAUGAGGGCGAUCUGAAAAAGCGAGCUAUCAAGACAUUAUGCAUGAUGGCAGCCGACAAGUUGAAUAUCGCCAACCCCAAAGACGUUGCAUUGAAUCUAAGUCAAACUAGAACCAUCAAAGACAAGUACAAAUUAGCCGAAGACUGCGAACAUAUCGUUUCGUUCAAACUGGACGAUGGUUCUGUUUUCCAAGCCGACAGGCAGUUCUUAAGCGACAGGUCGGAAUUUUUCAGAGGACUACUCAGCGGCCAUUUCAGGGAGAGCAGCGAGGACGUGGUACGACUGACCAAUGUUAAAAAGAAAUCAUUGGCGUGCUUGCUACACUUACUGAAAAAUCUAAGCAAUAAGGUGGAAACAGUGGACAUAAAACAGGACUUGGAAACCUUACUGGAUGUGUUGGUGCUCAGCGACAGAUUUCUUCUAUCCGACAUAUGCGAUACGGUAGUGAAUUCGGUGGAGAAGUUCCGGAUAAGUGCUCGGAACGUACCUAUGAUAUACAGGUGGUCUUUAGAAUCGGGAACAAACUUACUGCGGGUGGAAAGUGUCGCGUUUGCUCUUGUCGUAGAAAUAUCAGACGCAGAGAGGUUUAAAAUGUUCAAUGACAUGUUUCAGUUGGGAUAUACCGAAGAAUUAACAGAUGAUAUUCACACAUUAUUGGCUCGGUAUUUGUAUAACGUCCCGAUCAAAAUGAAAGUUCGUGACCUGUUAUCACCGUGUUGGGAUAAUGUAUAGAACGUUUCUUUAUAUGAGAAGUACCAUAGCCGCCUAGACCUAGACAGCUGUAGGUCGCUAUGGAAGUGCAAAUUUGGGCCCUCAGUUGAAUUUCAUGCUAAUGACAUUAGGAGGCGACUGGGAGAGCUUUCAAAGUAUAGUGAUAUACGUUCAGUAAUGGACAAAAGUAUAUAGACAAAUUAAUAUUGUGCUGAAUUUCUUUUUUAACUUGUUUUAUUAAUACACCAACCUGUAUACAUAAUUAUAAUAAUAAUAAUAAUAAAUGGCCUUUAUAUUCGUCACACGAUUACAAAAUAAUUGAUUUAAAAGGAACAGUGACGAAAAGGUGGAGUGUCAGCUUAUGCUGUUUUUCAACCCGACCUGGAAAACAUUGACACAAACUAUAGAGAGAGAGAAAAAAAAACUUAGAAUAUAACACUUAUCAGAGAAAGGAAACAAUCAAUUACCUGUGGAUAUGCAUAAAGUAAAAUUUUAGCCAUCCGACUGCUUUAAACUCAUCUUUAACCUUUUUUUAAAAUUGCUUAGGCUAUUAUAUUCUUUAUACUCACUUGAUAAGCAGUUAUAUAGUUUGGGUGCCCAGUACGAGAAACUGCAUGUGAACAAUGCUGUCGAAUGCCGCGGGAUAAGUAAGAUGAGUUUAUUCCUAGAGGAUCUUUGAUCGUACUGGCAGAGGGGGGUUAGUUUUGUAUAAAAAUAAUAUGGCGCUUUAAGGAUAAGGGUCUUAUGUACCAGAGAUAGGCAAUGCAGUUUCCUCAAUUUGUUCAUCUUAAACCAUCCCGAUUGGUCAAAAGCGCUACUAAUAUUAUCAAAUUUACGGAUUCCAUAAGAAAAUCUGAUGCAUGAGUUUUGUAUCAUCUGAAUCCGCUCGGCAUCACGUUGUAAAAGAGCAGGUCCAUAAACAGAGUCACCGUAAGAUAAUUUUGACAGGAUAAGGGACUCGCAGAGUUUAAGCUUGAGCUGUGUCGACAGGACACUUCGACUCGGGUAUAACUGACGAAGCACAUUAUAGGACGCACUGCAUAGCUGGUUAACAUGUUUAGUGAAGCGUAGCUUGCAGUCAAACCAGAUACCAAGGUUUUUGUAUUCGUUUACGAAGGAUAUGUCUUCAUUAUUCACCAUAAUAUUAAUGCGAUAUUGAUUUAUUUCACGAUUCUUUUUGGGCCCAAAUAAAAUGCAGCAUGAUUUGCCAGGAUUUAGUUUUAGAUUGUGAGCACUAGAUAUGUCAAAAAUAGACUGCAGGUCUUGAUUUAUUUGAUGUUGACCAAGCAUAUAUUCAUCAGGAUCGAAGCAGUUAUAAAGUUGGGUAUCAUCGGCGUAAUGAUGAACGAUUGAGUUGCUGGCGGUUUCAUGAAAAUCACAUAUAUAAAGAGCAAAUAAAAGGGGACUCAAAAUAGAUCCUUGAGGGACACCAAAAUUUCUGAAUAAAGAAGUUGAUAUAUUGUUUUCAUAUAUGACAGACUGUGAGCGAUCAGUUAAAAAGCUCUUAAUCAGCGUGCAAGCCGAUGAUGACAGGCCAAAGUAUCUAAGCUUUUUACAGAGAAUAUUUGGGUCAACCGUAUCGAAGGCCUUGCUAAAAUAAUUAUAAAAAAUUAAUUGAAAAAAAACUGGAACUAUGAAGGACAAAAAUAUUUAGACAAAGCAAAACAAUUAUAGAAAAAGAAGCAAAGUUCAUUGAAUUAUAAAAAACCAACCAUGUUUGUGUUAAUAUUUUGUAGCAUAACCAUUAUUAUCAAUCACCGCCUGGAUCGUCUCGGCAUAGAUUGUAGAAGUUUCUUGAUAUAAGAUUCAUCAAUCUGUCUCCACUUUUGCUAUAAAGCGGCAAAAAGUUCAUCCUUGUUUAAAUAACUUUUAUCUCGUAUUUGCUUAUCUAAGUAGUCCCAAAGAUUUUCAAUGGGGUUUAUAUCGGGAGACUGUGAAGGCCAUUUGAGAACUGGUAUUUUUUCGUCCAGAAAGAAUUUCUUUGCGAGAUUUGAAGUGUGCUACGGGUCAUUAUCUUGCUGGAAGAUUGAUAUUAAGGGCAUAUUGUCUUCCAUAAUGGGUAACAUGACAUGCUUUAGUAUGUCUGUGUAUACAAACUUAUCCAUAAUGCCAUUUAUUCUAUGUAAAGGUCCCAUCCCAAACCCCGAAAAGCACCCCCAAACCAGAACAGACCCGCCUCCAUGUUUGACAGUGGGCAAAGUGUACUUGGGGUUCAAUCUUUGUCCACUAGGACAAACGUAAUGAACACCAUCUGAUCCAAACAUAUUGAACUUGGAUUCGUCACUGAAACAUACCCUCUUCCAGUCACAGAUGCUGCAAUCAAGAUGCAACCGUGCAAAUUGUAAUCGGUCCUUACGGUUUUUUCUCGAGAUUAGCGGCUUCUUACUCGGGCGACGUGCAAAUAACUUCAAAUCAUUUAAUCUUCUACUUAUAGUUUUCGUAGAAACACUGACAGUUCCUUUUGUCUCGAUUUCGGCUUUUAUUUUAAACGGAUCUUUGGACGAAAUUACUUUUAUUAAUCUAACUGAUCUAGCAUUUAGUUUUCUAGGCCGACCACUUCUCUUAUAGGCUUCCAAGAUACCUUUUUGUUUAUACAGGGUUCGCCAAAGGAACCUGAUGAGUUUCAAUAUGAAACUACAAAUGUAUCUUUCAAGAUAUUUAUUUUCAUAUAUAAGUAAUCGAAAGUGUAUUACAUGCCAUUUUAUGUAUGGAAAAUAACUUCGGUCUAAUGAUGUCCUUCACUGCGGACACACUCUUCCAAACGGUUUCGCACAUUCCCCAUUACGCGCUGUACCAUACUCAUCGGAAUCGCGCUAAUGUCAUUGCGAAUGUUUUCCUUCAAUUCUUCAAUGGUCCUUGGGCUCGUUAAAUAUACCUUGCUUUUGAGAUAACCCCAUAACCAAUAGUCACAAGCCGUGAGAUCGGGAGACCUUGCCGGCCAAGGAACAUCUCCAUUCCGCGAAAUGACUCUUCCUGGAAACAUUUCUCGCAGUCGAACCAUUGUUGCUCGUGCUGUAGGCGCUGUGGCGUCAUCUUGCUGAAACCAUACAGUAUUUAAAUCUAUGUUCCGUCGACGAAGCUCUGGUUCCAAAAAUGUGUUUAACAUUUCCAGAUAACGUUGCGAAUUGACCGUGACAGAAUUUCCAGCAUCGUCCUCAAAAAAAUAGGGUCCAAUUAUGCCGAAUCGCGACACUCCGCACCAAACAGUAACCUUGCGACUAUGAAGGGGUCGCUGGUGAAGUUCUCUUGGGUUUUCUCCACACCAGUACCGAAAAUUCUGCUUAUUUACGUAGCCUGAUAACUCGAAAUGCGCCUCAUCAGACCGAAGCUGGUUGCUUGCAGUCAAACGGUCCACAAAGUCUUCAGCUGCCAGUUCUUGAACCAUCGCUAAUUUGUAAGGGUGAUAAUGUAAAUCCUUAUGCAAAAUACGCCGCACUGUUGUUUCUGAAAGCCUUAGACUAAUUGCUUGUAGCCUAGCUGAACGACGUGGACUUUUGCUGCACCGCUAUUCGCACCCUCUCAAUAUUGGCUGGAGUCCGAACUGUUCGACGCAUUCCUGGUGGCUUAGCUUUCAUUGCUGAUGCAGAUCGACGAAAAUUUUUGACCCACAACUUAAUUGUGUUACGGCAUGGAACAGAACCAUGACGUCCGACAUUGAAAUGUGUACGAAAUAGACGCUGUGUAAUGAUCACCGAGUCGUGAUUUUUAAAAUACGUCUCUACAACAAAUGCGCGAUGUUCACUUGUCCACAGCUCCAUGACUACUGAAAUGGCAUCUACUACCGAUGUCUUGCCCACUGUAACCGAUGUUCUACGUCAAAAAACGGCUUCGUACUAUCCAUUCUGAAAACGUCAGGUUCCUUUGGCGGACCCUGUAUAUUGCCCAAACUGCUUUACGCUUCAGCUUCAGAUUUUUGGCGAUGUCGACUUGACGUUGACCAUCUUUUUAUAACUCAAUGAUCUUAGUUUUCCUCUUCUGACACGAAACUGUACUAAACUAAUGUUGAAAGAAUUUGUCUACAUAUUUUUGUCCCUCAUAAAAAAGUGCUUAUAUUCAGACUUGUAUUGUGUUCAUUGCAGAUAAUGUAAAAACAAGGAAUUUAGUUUUUCUACUAAUAUCGCAUUUGUUUAUAGAGCAAUGAAGUAUGAAUUCGUUUUAUAGAGGGAUUUAGGUAAAUAUUCAUAUUUGUCUAUAUACUUUUGUCCAUUACUGUAUUCAAGCUAAUUCCUCAGUAGUGGAAAUAUUCAGCUCAUGUAAAGAUUCAUUUAUUAAUAUAUUCAGAACUACGUAGUGCAAUGUACAUGGUGUCCUGAAAGUUGGAACUUUCCUUUUCAGAGUCGACUACGUUUGCAAUACCAAAUCUAAUUUGCAACAAAUUUAACGUAAAAUAGAUAUUGAAGAAAAAUACUCACUAUUUAUUUGGUAAGGAACUUCAAGUACUGCCCUAUCACAUGUUUUGUUUGUAAACACUGCGUGAAGUUCGAUUCAAAAACAGGAUUUUGUUUACCUUUUCCUAAAUUGGCAACAUUCGAUCUUCAACUGUUGUGUUCAACCAGGCGGCUUUACACGAUAUAAACAAACAUAUACAGCUCUGAUGAAAAGAAACAUCCAGGACGAUGCCGACGUGCACUCGCGGAGCAUCAAUAGGAUCUUGAAAAAAAAAACACCGCACGUAUUUUUGUGAAACUUUGAAUUUAAGUUCACUAAAGAGUGAGGUUGUGAUUCAGUACCGACGUUCGAUCCGCGCGGCCUACUAUGUUUCUAUAUGCAAAACUUAAAAGACACCUCUCGUAUACAUUGGCCACAAACUGAAAUAUUUAUUGAAAUAUAUAUGCCAUUAAUUCAACGUCAACUUGACACUAUGUAGAAAAAAAACAGGCGCCAUUGUUACAGGUGUUUGUUGAAGGAGUAUUUAGCAUUAAUGCUACAACCUCAAUAUUGUAUAAUUAUCGGUUUACACAUUUUUGAAUGAAUUUUAUGUAAUUAUACAUUAUUUUCUAUUAAAAUUACA